GUUUUGUGAGAGAACGAUGCCGCAGAAUCAACUUUACUGACACCUAUCUGCUGCAGACGUCAUAGGACGACAGACCAAGCAAGAUGCCGGCGAAAUUAUCUGUUGCCGACACGCGCUUUAUUUGCGUCCAAUGCCGAAAAACCCUGAGCUCGUCCAGACGGAGACGAUUCGCAUCGACGAAUGCAUCAUCACCCCCUGAAAUUUUCGACAUUGUGACAGUUGGCGGAGGACCGGCUGGCCUAGCCCUCCUCGCCGCGUUAAGAUCCUCACCCAUCACAUCCCACCUCAAAACGGCAUUGAUUGAGACCCAAGAUCUGUCAAGACUCCGCCAAUGGAGCUCGCCAGCGGAUCGAUACUCGAAUCGGGCCAGCAGCCUGACGCCCUCGUCGGUCUCGUUUCUCGAGAAGACGGGAGCAUGGGACCACGUCGACCAAUCCCGCGUCCAAGCUUAUGACGAGAUGCAAGUCUGGGACGCCUCCAACGAUGCGACGAUUCAAUUCGACUGGGCGGCCGAGACCAGCAAGUACAACGCGCCUCCGAGGACCGUGGCGACCAUGACCGAGAACGCCAAUCUGACGAGGGGCCUCCUUGAACGAAUCGCCCAGCUCGGCGCCGAGUCGUCGCUGUUCUCCAGCACCAGCGUCUCGUCCAUCAUGAACGGCGAGGAUGACCCCAGCGGCCUCAACCUGUCCUCUUGGCCGGUCCUUACGCUCGAAUCAAAAUCACCAUCCCAUCCUCCAACAACACCACCACCACGACGUCCGUCUGUCAUUGCAGCCCGCCUCCUCGUCGGCGCCGACGGCUUCAACUCGCCCGUGCGCACCUUUGCUGGCAUCGCGUCCCACGGCUGGGACUACCACCGCCACGGUGUGGUCGCGACGCUCACGGUGCAACCCGCCGAGGACGGCUCCGGAGCCGACGACUUCGACCUCUUCUCCGAAGAACCCCUCGGCAACCGCGCGACCGCGUACCAACGCUUCCUGCCGGAGCUGGGCGGGCCGAUCGCCGUGCUCCCGCUCCCCAACAACCACGCCUCUCUCGUGUGGUCCACCACGCCCUCGCACGCAGCGUACCUGAAAUCCCUGGCCCCGGAAGCGCAGCUGGCGAUGAUCAACGCCGCGCUGAGGCUGUCGCAGACGGACAUCAAGUACAUGUUCACGCUCCGCGCCUCCUCCUCGGAUGGGGAACAACAACACGAGAACGAACUCCGCUGGCGCCUCCAACACACGGCGGGCCCUGGGACCUCUCGCCCGCCACCCAUCGUCACCGGCGUGCAGGAGAACACGCUCGCCUCGUUCCCGCUGCGCCUGCGCCACGCCGCAUCCCUCACCGGCCCGCGCGUCGCGCUGGUCGGAGACGCAGCGCACACCGUCCACCCGCUCGCGGGGCAGGGGUUGAACCUGGGCCUCGCGGACGCCGCGGCGCUGGCGGACACGGUCGCCUACGCCGUCGAACACGGCAUGGACAUCGGCGACGGGUUCGCCCUUGAGAGGUACAACGCCGAGAGAUUCGGCAGGGGCCUCGUCAUGGCCGGCGGCGUCGACGCCUUGAACUGGACGUACCAGCUGGGCAGCGGUGGCGGGGACGGUAUGUUGAGCCGCUUGGUUGCGCGGGCGAGGGGCCUGGGCAUGAAAGUCGUGGACUCGGGUCUCGUCCCUGGAUUGAAGGGGUUGAUCAUGAAGCAGGCAAGUUAGGAGAAGACGGCUGAAAAGUGGAAGAGGGCACGGUGACUCGCCGGGGCAAAAUAUGGCUGUCGGAAGGCUUCCCGAGAAGACCGACAAGGGAUAUUAAGUUUUGUACAAUACUUUCAACUUGCAGACUUGAGGAGCAAAAUUGUAGAUUGAAUAGAGCAGAUGGCCGUCUGCCCUUUGCUGCCAAUAUCUUGGUUGUGC